CCCACACAAAUUUGAAAACACUGAGCGCUAAAGAAACCUCAACUCAUCUUCUCUUCAGUUGGAAAUAUCUCUUGUUUCGUGCCUUCAAUUCUCCCGAGUUUGAACCUUUGGCUCUUGAUUUUGAUAUGGCGACCUUUGCAGGCACCACCCAGAAGUGCAAAGCCUGUGAGAAAACAGUGUAUUUGGUGGAUCAGCUCACUGCUGACAACAAGGUUUACCACAAGUCUUGCUUCAGAUGCCACCAUUGUAAAGGUACACUUAAGCUGAGCAAUUAUAAUUCCUUUGAGGGAGUUUUAUACUGUAAGCCUCAUUUCGAUCAACUCUUUAAGAUGACUGGCAGCUUGGAAAAAAGUUUUGAAGGUAUUCCAAGAACUGUUAGAGUUGACAGAUCGGCUGAUCAGGUCCAAACUAACAGUAAAGUUUCAAGUUUAUUUGGUGGAACUCGAGAAAAGUGUGUUGCUUGCAAGAAAACAGUUUACCCGAUUGAAAAGGUGGCCGUUGAUGGAAGUUCUUAUCAUAAGGCUUGUUUCAGGUGCACUCAUGGAGGUUGUGUAAUCAGUCCAUCAAAUUAUGUGGCCCACGAACAUCGCCUUUAUUGUAGGCACCACCAUACUCAGCUUUUCAGGCAGAAGGGCGACUUCAGUCAGUUUGACAAGCAUGAGAAUGGCAAUGGGGUGGCUGAGAACACACCAAGCGAGUGAUACUUCAACCCAUCAAACUUCAGUGGCCAUGCACACGAGACUUGAUGAUGGCAUUCUCUGUUAGACAUCAAAUGCAGAAGUUGUUUCGAUACAAUACAGAUGUUGUUGCAGUUCUCCUUGUUUAUUAUGUAUGUAAUAUUUUUGUGAGGAAAUAUUGUAACAAAAGAACUCAGAUUUUGUGGGAAACUGAGGUUGAGUAUUGAGAAAUAAUUGCUAGACAGUUUGGUAUCUGCUAUUCAAAUGAUAAUCAUGAUGAUGUAUUACCAUCCCGCUUUUAA